AUGUUUGGAAUUUCAUCGAUUUACAUUUUGGAUCAGAAGGGAAGAGUUCUGAUUUCAAGGCAAUAUAGAAAUGAAUUGCCUGCAAAUAUUCAUGAAACAUUUAAUAAAAAAUUAUUGGAAUAUGAUGAAUAUACUCAGAAGCCUGUGAUGAUCGAUAAGGAUGGAUAUACAUACAUAUUUAUAAGGCAUAACAAUUUAAUAUUUAUGACAGUGUGCUCUUAAAAUGCUAAUUGUUUGAUGAUUUUUUCAUUCUUAUUCAGAUUGGUGUAGGUGUUAUAGGAAUAUUUUGUAAACGUGGAGGAAGAGUCAAUUCGAGAUAAUUUUGUAGUAGUUUAUGAAUUGCUAGAUGAAAUGCUUGAUAAUGGAUAUCCGUAAACGACAGAAUUUAAAAUUUUGAAAGAAUUCAUAAAAACUGAAAGUUUCUAAUUGAAAGAGAAAAAGUAACCAGAACCAGCCAAUUUCAAUGUGGUUGCAUUGGUUUCUAAUAAGAUAUCAUGGAGAAAGGAGGGAAUCAAAUACAAGAAGAAUGAAGUGUUCUUGGAUGUCAUUGAGAAAUUGAAUAUGCUAAUCGGUCAACAAGGAAACGUGAUAAAGAGUGAGAUCAUAGGAUAAGUGUAGGUGAAAUGUAUGUUGAGUGGAAUGCCUGAGUUGAAAUUGGGUUUGAACGAUAAAGCAUUUUUUGAAGCACAAGGACGUCAAGCCAGAGCAAGAGCAGUUGAAUUUGAUGAUAUCAAGUUCCAUUAAUGUGUGAGAUUGUCUAAAUUUGAAAAUGAAAGAGUCAUUUAAUUCAUCCCUCCAGAUGGCGAUUUCGAAUUGAUUUCUUAUAGAUUAGAUAUAAGAGUGAAGCCACUCUUUUCAGUGGAUGUCCUGAUUGAGAGGAAAUCAGCAACAAAGAUUGAAUUCUUAGUUAAAGCCAAGUCCAAUUUCAAGCCCAAGAGCACAGCCAACAAUGUGGAAAUAUUUGUUCCAGUACCUGAUGAUGCCGAGUAACCUCAAUUCAGAACUGCUCAUGGUUCUGUCAAUUAUAUGCCUGAUAAGGAGGCAAUGUGUUGGAGUAUCAAGUAAUUUGGAGGUUAAAGAGACUUCAUGAUGAAUGCUGUUUUCCAUCUCCCAACGAUUGUGUCACCAAACAGAGAUAAAUUUUAGAAGAUGCCUAUCAAUAUCACUUUUGAAAUUCCCUACUUUACUGUCUCUGGAUUCUAGGUCAGAUAUUUAAAGAUUCAAGAUAAAAGUGGAUACAAUGCAUUGCCAUGGGUCAGAUAUAUUACAUAAAAUGGAGAAUAUUAAAUUAGAAUGAGUUGA